CUCUCUCUCGCUGUUGUCACUCAUCCCUGCCUGUUUCUCUCUCUCUCGCUCUCUCUCCCUCAUCUAUCUUGAUCAAUCUCUCACCCCUCCCAUUUCUGUCUCAUUUCUGUCCUCUCCCCCUCCCGGCCACCUCCUUGUUGUUGGUUUUUCGUACGCGUUCAGUGCUCAGAAUGGCGUCGCUCGGCCUCCUCGUGCUUGGCGCUGCGCUGCUCCAAGCCGCUCAGUGUGCGCUUGCAGCUCGCGGAGGAGUCGGACGUCAGAACCUGUUGGCCUACGACGAUGACCGGGAUGAGGUGAUGUCAUAUCCGGCCUACUACCGCUCCGACGGCUGGAGCGGGCCCAGCUUGGAGCAGGCCCUUCAGCGAUUGGUCGAGAGGGGUCAGCGGCGAGAGCAGGACCAGGAAGAGGCGGAGGAGGAGGAAGAGGAGGAUGAGGAGCAGCAGCGCCGGACAGCCACCAUCGCCACUUUGCUGCGCUUCCUCGCCAAAGCCGAGGCAGCGGGAUCGGUCGACCCGGGGGACCUGCAGAUGGAAGGAAAGGACUUCCGUGGCCGGGGCCGGGGCGCGAGCAUGGGGAGGCCCCCCGCGGCCUGGUGGACCCUGGUGACACCGCAGCUGCUUCAGGCCCUGCUAGACAGGAUGGAGCCACGGGUAGGUGGAGCCCAGCUGGCAAAGACGAGACUCGAGCGAUUCCGGGGCGAUAACUACGAAGACCUCGGCGACGAUGUGAGACACUUACUCGCGAGGAUCCUGCCAAUCAUCAGCCCUGACGAUGGCCCCUCCAACCGGCGCGCAAGACGGGAUCUAUCCGUCGCGGAGCCCCCGGUAAGCGCCCGCCGGAGAAGCCGGCGUUCUCUGGGGGACGAGGACGACGCGCCGCCGUCCGACAGCGAACCGCUGCUGAGGGUGAAGAGGCUGGGCGAGGAAGAACAGGAGGGCCGGCGGCUUCAGGCGCCGCCAAACGCCAACGCGCGCUACGGCGCCCGACGCCGGAGAGCCGCCCUCAACCACGCGCUGCUUCACCAGAUUGUCAACUACAUGAGAAAGUAGGCGGCCGGGAAAGCAAACAAAGGAGGAAAGAAGCGGUUGAGCAGAAUCGUCUUUAUUGUCAUGAACGUACGCAUAUUUAUUGCUCACUUUUAUCCUUAAAAAUCCUUAAAUAAUGCCCCAUCGCCGUGAUCCGCGUACGCUACUUUAACCAUUUACGGGGCCGGCCGGAGGGGAAUGAUUUCCAGCACGCCCCGCCCGACAGAAUAAUCACCGAGGGUCCUCUUGAGCGAUAUCUGACAAGCGGGCCUUUGCUGAAUUUGAUCGCAAAAAGGAAAAAAAAAUUAAUCGCAAAUUGAACCUGAUUAUCGGGAAUGGGUAUCAACUAUUUUAGGCAAUCAUUUUAGGCAUCUUGGGUGCUCAUUUGUGUCGUUUUGAUGAGGGCAGCCAAGUUCCAAGCGGCACCACCAAGAUCAGCAUUUGAAGCGCAGUGCUUAAGUUCCUUCUAGUCGUCUUUGUGCACUCCAGCUUGUCAUGUGAUCACAAGUCUGCGUGCCAGCGUGGGCACACUAUAUACAAAAGUAAGAAUAAAGUUGAAAAAUGUC